UAUACAAAGCCAAGAAGAAAAUGAGUAGCUAGAUAGCAUGCAUUAGCAUCAGCUAGCUUGCUAGCUAGCCCUAUGUACCAAAAUGAUAAGUGAAUACAACAUUUUUUGUUGUUUGUUUCUGGAGUUUAAAGAUUUUCAGAUUUCCCAUAUAAUACAUUUGAUAAAAACAUAUUUCUCAUCAAUAGUUUACCAAUUAACAAAUUCCUGAUUAGCGAUUAACCAAACUCUCCAAAAAUCCUGAAAAUAUCACCACCCACAUCCCUCCUGCUAGCCACAGACUUAUUUGCCACAAAAGAGUGUUUUGCAUAGUGAUCAGGAGAUGAGGAAUCGACUGCCAGCAAGUUUAGCUUUUGUCAGUGAAGUGUCCGUUUUAGCCAGUCCACGCUAACUCGCGGUUUGCGGUAUGCCCCUCUCUGUUUACAGAUUGCGUCGAAAUCUACCAGAACCAUCUGAAUGGGGAAACAAAUGGCCUGUUUAAGAUCAAACCUGGCGGCACCAACUCUGAGGCAAUAGUGGAUGUUUACUGCCAGCAGGAGGGUAUUAUGGGAGGGUGGUUGUUAGUCCAGCAGCGAGAGAGUGGUGCACUCAGCUUCAACCGCAGCUGGGUUGAAUACCGCAAUGGGUUUGGAUCAGUGGACACUCAGGGCAAAGGCGAGUUUUGGUUAGGCAACCAGAACCUCCACCUGCUAAGUAAUGAAAGUGAGACUAUGCUGAAAGUUGAACUGGAGGACUGGGAAGGUGGUGUAGCCAGUGCAGAGUACACUAUACGGGUAGGAUCAGAGGAGGAGGGGUACCCGCUGCAUGUCUCCACAUACAGCGGGGAUGCUGGGGAUGCUCUAUUAAUGCCAAAAGCAUCUGAUUUAUCCCACAAUGGGAUGAAAUUCAGCACCUUCGACAAAGAUAACGAUAGAUCGGAGCAUAAUUGUGCAGAGAUUUAUGGGGGUGGGUGGUGGUACAAUAGCUGCCAGUCAGCUAAUUUAAACGGUAUUUAUUAUAAAGGCACAUAUGACCCCAAAACAAACAUCCCAUAUGGAACUGAGAAUGGAGUUGUGUGGAUGACAUACAAACCAGCAAAUUACAGCCUGAAAACUGUUCGGAUGUUUAUCCGACCAACUGCUUUUUAACAGGUGAAAAAACAGGUGAAUAGAUAAAAACCAGAGGACAAAAACCAAAGGUAGAAUCAAUAUAUCUGUGCAAUACGUACUUUCUGUAUGUGAGCAUGCUGUGUAAACAGUAUUGAUCCUUUUGUUAGCACUACCAGUCCAAUGUUCUUGCAGUGACCCAAUGUUUUUCGUGUUUCUCAACCACUGAAC